CUCACUCCGGCCCGGGCUCCCGCCGCCGCCGCCGCCGCCUCCGCUCCGCGCUGGGCCCCGCCGCUGCCAUAAAAUGUUUGACGGCUGCCUCCUGCCUCUCGUGUUUCCCUGCCUGCUGCUUUGGGGAUUGGACGCCGGCACAGCUGGCGGAGCGGAGCUGGAAGUGGUGAUCCCGGAGCGAGUGGCGCUGGAGAAGAUCCACCUGCUGCCGCCCGCCGUGCGAGGGGAUCGCGGCGGCCCCCGGCGCCGGCGGGCGCUGUCGCGGCAGCGGGCGGCGGCGGAGGCCCUGCUGCUCCGCCUGCCCGCCGCCGGCGCUGAGCUCUACCUGCAUCUCCGCCGCGACCUGCGCUUCCUCGCCCGGGGCUUCGUGGUGGAGCAGCGGCGCGGGGAGGCGCGGCGGGCGCCCAGCCCCCGGCGGCCCCCGGAGGAGCGGCUCUGCUUCUACACGGGACACGUGCUGAACCGCAGCGACUCCUUCGCCUCUCUCAGCACCUGCGCCGGGCUGGUUGGCUAUAUCCAAAUUGGAUCAGAGCACAUGCUAAUACAACCAGUGAAUACAUCAGAGACCUCAUUUAGUGGAAAAGAACACUUCAUCAGGCGUAGACGAUCCACAAAAUCAAGCAAUCCCAUGAAGUCGCACAGUCCUGAUGAGCACUGCAAGGUUGUAGCAGAAAAGAAGAGACAAAAGAAAAUGAAAUCAACCAGUGACUGGAGGGAGAGAAGAAAUGCCAUUCGACUUACCAAUGAGUACACAGUAGAAACUCUGGUGGUGGCAGAUGCUGAUAUGGUCCAGUACCAUGGUGCAGAGGCUGCCCAGAGAUUCAUCCUCACAGUUAUGAAUAUGGUGUACAACAUGUUUCAACAUCAAAGUCUUGGAAUUAAAGUCAGCAUUCGAGUGACCAAACUAGUCUUGCUUCGCAACCGUCCUGCGAAGUUGUCUAUUGGGCAUCAUGGAGAGAGGUCUCUGGAGAGCUUUUGUCAAUGGCAAAAUGAAGAAUAUGGUGGGGCAAAAUACCUUGGUAACAACCAAGUUCCUGGCGCGAGGGAUGACACCCCUCCUGUGGAUGCUGCUGUUUUUGUAACCAGGACAGAUUUCUGCGUACACAAAGACGAGCCUUGUGACACUGUGGGAAUUGCUUACCUGGGAGGUGUCUGCAGUGCCAAGAGAAAGUGUGUUCUUGCUGAAGACAACGGUCUCAAUCUGGCAUUUACAAUUGCACAUGAACUUGGGCACAACAUGGGAAUGAGCCAUGAUGAUGAUCAUCAACCCUGCGCAGGGAGGUCUCAUAUUAUGUCUGGAGAAUGGGUGAAGGGCAGGAACCCAAGUGACCUUUCCUGGUCUUCAUGCAGCCGCGAUGACCUUGAAAACUUCCUAAAGUCCAAGGUCAGCACCUGUUUGCUGGUGACAGACCCCCGAAGCCAAUAUGCGGUGCGGCUCCCUCACAAGCUGCCUGGAAUGCACUACAGUGCCGACGAACAGUGCCAGAUACUUUUUGGGACCAAUGCUACGUUCUGUAAGAAUAUGGAGCAUUUGAUGUGUGCUGGGCUCUGGUGCCUGGUGGAAGGAGAUACGUCCUGUAAAACAAAGUUGGACCCCCCUCUGGAUGGCACUGAAUGUGGCGCAGACAAGUGGUGCCGAGCUGGGGAGUGUGUCAGUAAAACUCCCAUCCCUGAGCAUGUUGAUGGAGACUGGAGCAUGUGGAGUCAGUGGAGCAUGUGCAGCCGGACGUGUGGCACAGGAGUGCGAUUCAGACAGCGGAAAUGCGACAAUCCCCCCCCGGGGCCAGGCGGGAAGAACUGUCGUGGAGCCAGCGUAGAGCACACUGCGUGUGAGAACUUACCCUGCCCUAAAGGUGUGCCAAGCUUUAGGGACCAACAGUGCCAGGCCCAUGACAGAUACACCAACAAGAAAAAAAGCCUCCUGACAGCUGUCAUCAUUGAUGAUAAGCCAUGUGAGCUCUUCUGCUCUCCACUGGGGAAGGAUUCCCCUGUGCUGGUGACAGACAGAGUGCUCGAUGGUACUCCAUGUGGGCCUUAUGAGACCGACCUCUGUGUACAUGGCAAGUGCCAGAAAAUUGGCUGCGAUGGAAUCAUUGGCUCAGCUGCCAAAGAGGAUCGCUGUGGAAUCUGCAGUGGUGAUGGCAAAACCUGUAAAGUGGUGAAAGGCGACUUCAACCACACCAAGGGGAUGGUAACCAAUAGUCAUUGUAAGAAGGUUUCCACAUGUGUGAUGGCAAAGGCAAAGGCUGUUCCCAAGUGUUUCUCGUGUUACAUCGAAGCAGCUGUGAUCCCUGCAGGUGCCCGACGGAUCAGAGUGGUUGAGGAUAAACCUGCUCACAGUUUUCUGGCUUUAAAAGAUUCCAGUAAGAGAUCCAUUAACAGCGACUGGAAAAUUGAGCUUCCUGGUGAGUUUCAGAUCGCAGGCACUACUGUCCGGUACGUGCGAAGGGGUCUGUGGGAGAAAAUCUCUGCCAAAGGACCAACUAAAAUACCACUGCACUUGAUGGUGCUGUUAUUUCAUGACCAGAAUUAUGGAAUUCAUUAUGAAUACACCAUUCCUGUAAACUAUACUGCUGAAAACAGAAGCGAGCCAGAAAAGCAACAGGAUUCUUUGUACAUCUGGACGCACAGCGGAUGGGAAGGGUGCAGUGUGCAGUGUGGAGGAGGUGAACGGAAAACCAUUGUGUCUUGUACUCGAAUUAUUAACAAGACCAUGACACUGGUGAAUGACAGUGACUGCCAACGAGUGAAUCGCCCCGAGCCCCAGGUCAGGAAAUGUAACACACACCCCUGCCAGUCACGGUGGGUGACUGGCCAUUGGAGUCCCUGCUCUGCUACUUGUGAGAAAGGCAUCCAGCACCGGGAAGUGACUUGUGUUUAUCAGUUGCAAAAUGGCACCUACGUUAACACAAGAGACCUCUACUGCCUUGGCAAUAAACCAGCAACUGUCCAAAGCUGUGAAGGACGGGACUGCCUUUCUAUCUGGGAAGCAUCAGAGUGGUCAAAGUGCUCAGCAGACUGUGGCAAGGGGAUUCAGAAAAGAACAGUGACAUGCACAAAUUCUCAAGGAAAAUGUGAUGCAGCUACCAGGCCAAGAGAUGAAGAAGAGUGUGAGGAUCACACAGGCUGUUAUGAAUGGAAAACAGGCGAUUGGUCUAAGUGCUCCUCAACCUGUGGGAAGGGUCUCCAGUCACGCGUGGUCCAGUGUAUGCACAAAGUCACCGGGCGCCACGGCAAUGAGUGCCCUGUCCUGUCCAAGCCAGCAGCCUACAGGCAGUGCCACCAAGAGGUCUGCAAUGAGAAGAUAAAUGUCAACACAAUUACCUCGCCCAGACUUGCUGCUCUCACGUACAAGUGCACAGGCGACCAGUGGACAGUGUACUGCAGGGUGAUCCGGGAGAAGAAUCUGUGCCAAGACAUGCGGUGGUAUCAGCGCUGUUGCCAGACUUGCAGAGACUUUUAUGCAAACAAGAUGCAGCAGAAGAGUUAAUGAACCUGUGCUACUUCUUAGGGUAUUACAGCUAUUUGUAUGUAAAUCAUGGACUAGUAGGUCUGAGUACUGGAACUUCAUGAGUUGCUACAGUGUGGUGGAUUCCAAAGCAUACCUAAUAAGACUUGAAACUAAUACUACAGACUGGAUACCAAAGUAAUCCACUCAUCCACCUUAAAAAAAAACCAAACAGAAAGAGUCAUCUCAAGGAGCCAAUUGUUUUAUCGUAUUUUGACAUCCUUACAUUUUUCAUUAAUGCUUUUUACUUUAAUAUAUUAAAUCACCAGCCACUGGAUGGCUUGCUACCAUUAAAGAAAAGGACAAGAGUUGCAAAGUGAUUACAUUGACUAAGGUUAUGGGUACCUCCAUGGAGGAAGGCCUCUGGCAAAAUAAUUCAGCAAAGGUAGAGACAUUACUUAAUCUUUUAAUCUUGGCUUUCAUCUGAUGUUUUCAAUUCCCAACAGUUAUCCCACUGUGGAGUGGGCUUGGAGGGACGCACAUAAAUGAAAGGCUUAAUUUAAAGAGAGGAUUUGUUGUAAAAGCUUGUGAAAACUGAUAGCAGAGGAUGGACAUCUCUGAAAUUCCUGCAGAAAACUCAGUACAAUUAUACCCAACAUUCCAAGUCGUAUUUUUUUACAGUAACUAGUAGGGACUGCUCUUCUUUCUAAUUUUAAAAAACAAUCCUCUCUCUCUCUUUUCUCCAGAAUAAUAUAGUUUCUUUUAUGAAACAUAAUUUUUCUCUGAGCUUAAUGAAAUGGAAGCUUAUUAACAGCAGUAGAUAGUUAUUUUUAAGCAAGAACCAUUUACAUGAGAUGGGAGAAGCCAGAAAUCAUUUCAUCCAGUAGAACUCACUGAGGGAUUACUUGGCCUAAUCCUCUCCAGUUUUUAGAAUUACAAUCAGAUAAUGAGACUGGGUUUUUUUUAAGAGGACCAUGAAACUGGAUAGGGUUGGUACAGAACCAGGAUUUGGAACAACCUUUGUGUGAAGGAUGGAGGAAAGAACAGAACAGAUGUUUCCUGUCUCUUGGCUCUUGUACACAUCUGAGGUUAUGUAGCCUUUUGAGUCAAAAGUAGUCAGUGAUACAAGACAUUCAAAGUGAAAUCUUGAGCUUGUUGAAGCCAUAAGGCUAAGACCUCCAUUGCGUGCAGUAAGGAUUACGAUUUUACUCACUGUAUUUUAAUGCUUUCUGUCUUACUUUUGUGGUGCUAUCAGGUUUGGUGCUAUCAGAUUGGUGCUAUCAGAGCACUUAGCAAGUGCUGCAUAUAUGAUACUCUCUUCCAUGUCUCUGCACUUUAAACCAAACUUCUCUCUGAGAUCCGAGACUUGAAACAGGAGCUCUACCCAGGGCAGAGUUUGUCCCCUCCACUAGUCCUACAGAUCAAUGUCUCUAUAUCAUAUCUUGCUCCAACAUGUAUCAUUUCCCUUGCCAGGGUCCAAGGUCAGUUGUGCAGUGGUUAAGUUACAGCCUGCUCUUCAUGAUACGAACAGAGCCAUUUGGAUGAAUUGCAGCUUUGUACUCGCUCUAGAACUGUGUGUUACUGUUUUAUUCUUUGGAGAUGAGUGCAGAACUAAAGCCCAGCUACUACCCCCAGCCCCUGGGCCAGUCCGGAUUGCUCACGCCUGUCCUCAAGUUGUCUUAGUUGCUGUUGUCUCUUUUUUUCAAUGCAAGGAGGGAUAAAGACUCUUAGUACCUAACAUAUCUUUAAAGCAACUUUUUCUUCCUUAUUACAAUCCUUUCAAUAUCCAGGACCUCACUGGAAUAACUCGUUAGCAUUUUCUUAAGGGCUAAGAUUUUCAAGCACAGGGAGCUAAUGCUCAUCAACAGACUGAUACUGUGUGGGCUUCACAUUUGCAUCUGUGCUUAGUAGCGCAAAUGAGCGUGUGUGCACACAAGGGCUGGCCUGUAUGCACAAAGGCACAUUUGCACACAAUUUUUUUCUCAAGUGCCUGUCUCAAACAGAUCUGCUUUCCAGUGCCCCAGAUGAUUUUCUCUAUCAGGGAAAUGAUUCCAACUUGGUUUUUGUUAUGCUGGAUGUUCUUUUGGCAUCCUAUAGUCAAGAUCAGACCUCCUCCUUCUCUUAUUCCCACCCUGUAGCCCUACCACAGAGGCUGUGUAACUAUUUAUAGCGAGUAACCAAUGUAAAAUGUUGCUGGCGGGGGUGACAGGGAAGAUUUAGGCAAUAUCAUGGUGGCGUUCAGUUAGGCACAUUAAGAGGUAGAUGAACUGCUAAUGAGGAAGUUCCAAGAGAUCACACAGAGCCCGGAGGACCUGGUUUAUACUGGUAAUUCACAGUGGUAGUUUCUCCCCUUGCCUGAUGCCACAGCCUGCAGGGCUGUGACUGUCCUUGCUGCCUCCUGUCCACCACAGCCACCUCACAGCAGCUGGACCGAGACGGGUCCCUUUACAUCCUUCACUUGGUUUGGAGUUUGCUCUUUUUCUUUUAAUGGGCAACGUUUGCCCAUGAAGUGGCCUGGCCCAAUGAAACGCCACCCCCUGCUCAUCAUUUUUUGGCAUUACUAAUACUUGCAUUGGGCUGUUGAAGGAUUUGCCACUGGGCCACUCUGUUAUUUUGGAAGAAUAGUACAUGCUAUUAUUAUUAAUGGGAAUCAAAGGUGCUUUUAAAUAGCAGGGGUCAUCAUUUUUCCUUCCAGUGCUGAUCUGUCACCCUCCCUAGGCAAAAGGUGGGCUCCUAGAAAGGUGCGUAGGAGAGGAAGGAUUUUAAUUCUUAUGUUUUUCGCUAAUAAUUCACUACUGGCCACUGUCCGGAACAGGAUACUAGGCUAGUUAGACCUGUGGCCUGUCCCAGUAUGCUAGGUUCUGGACUUCAAAGGACAUUUGGGUCCAAGUUCUGGGUCCUACCUAAGGAAACAGGGAUUUACAAGGAAUUCUUGGGAAUGUCUGAGCACUGAAAAAAAACACCUCACUUGUUUUCACAGCCCACAGAUUAGUGUGCAUCAACCUUUUUUUAUAAUCAGAAACCAACUUUAAUUAAAAACUGAUGCCACAAGACAGCUCCAUUUUAUUAUAUUCUCUUACAUCAUAUGGUGACAACCUUCUCAUUUUAUAAUAGCCACAAAAAUAAGAAUAAUAAAAAAGUUUAAUUCUGUUCAAUACUCCUGCAUUUCUGUUUUGUAUCAUUUUAUAGGAGCUUUACUAUGAAUUUACAGCUAUGCUCUGCCCUCAGUUACUACAUACUGGUGAAAAGAAAGCUGUUUGUUUCAGUGUAUCUAUGACAAUACUUUUUUUAGUUGUUCGUAAGAGAUUGACGCUCUUUUGAUUACAGUGGUGGUAUUUCCAUAUUGUAAACAAUACUCUGUACUGUUACUAAAGUACUGUACAUUUCUAGUUGCACAAUUGUGUUAUUGAGUGUAGAUUCUCACUAUCUCAUGUAUGGUGCUAUUUUUUGUUGGUGGAAAAGAAUCUUAGCGGUUGAUUAUUGCUUGAUAUUUUAUUAUAAUACAGGGAUAUAUUCUCCAUGGCAAUAUCAUUUAAGUUUUUCAUUACAGAGUGAAAUGUAUAUAUUUUUCCAUUAGCUAAUUUGCAUAUGUACUGUAUCCAUGGUAAUUUUCUUUUUUGUGCUGGUUAUAAAUAGAAAAGAUAAAAACAGUCAAACUGAAUGGAAACAGUUGUAAAUGAAAACCAAACCAAAAAAAAAAAAAAAAGGAAAAGAGAAUCAUUCCAUUUUGAAAAAAUUGACUAUGUUGAAUAAUAAAUUUAUUUUUUCCAUAACAACUUUAAUAAGGUUUCUGAACUUGAAAAAAGUACAAAGCAAACCAGCUAGCAUGAAAAUUAAGAGAAAGGAGUGAAGCUGUAAGUAGUACAUUAUGCAUCUGUCUAAUACUGGACUGAGACUGGGAUUUGGUUAAGUCUAGGCCAACUGUUUGAUAGCUGUGGUAGGUGUAAAAGGUCAUUUUUUCACCCAAAUUCUGGCAUCUCAGAGUUCCCAGUGCGCUAACAAAUCAAGUUGCAAACUAAAGCACAGGGAAUGUUAAUACCUGAUUAAUGCCUUGCAAGGUCUGUGGUCAGUGACACAACAGUAGAAAAUGCCUGUCUGGAAAAAGUGAGCCAGGCUCCGUUCAGGGUAUCGCUGUGUAUGCCUGAGCAGGCUGCAGGGAAGCUAAAGCUUAUGCGUGGGAGGGGGGACAUUUUGCAAGUACUUUUGAGGAAGGUUGCUUUCAAUGUGUGCUGGAGCUGAGAUGAAGUGGCGGCUUGCUGUAUGUUUAAUGGUAGCUGCUCCACAGGCGCAACCUGAUAAUGUAGGCUACUGAGCAUGUGGAAAUUUAUAUUGGAGCAAAAUUAUC